CCCUUCACUACGCGUGGGUGAAAAGCAGAAGGAAGAUGAGAGGGCAGAUGGGAACUGAAGCUGUCUAAUCGGGAAUGAAGGCGCGAUGUCCUGUGAGAUGUUUGGAGGUUCAACCACAUUUACGCACUCAAGAAGAAUUGAUUUGCAGUGAGGACAUUUAAAGAAUCCGGGGAUCGGAUCUUUGUUUAUUGGCUAAUAAAGAAAAGUUUGCCUCAGAAGUCGUCCUUGUAAAUCAGUAGAGAUGAGAUUAAACUUUUCUACAAGCUGGAUUUUCCGCGGCUGGAUUACGUGUGUCCUUGUCACCUUUUACGCACAGAACGCAGAUUCCAGACCUCAAUGUAAAGAAACACAAUACCCAAAAGACUCCAAAUGCUGCAACAAGUGUCAACCAGGCUAUUAUGUGUUUAAAGACUGCACUGAUACCGCUCAGACUAUAUGUCGUAAAUGCAGUUACGGAGAAUAUCAACCCAGCUUGAACAAUGCCUAUCGCUGUCUUAAGCAGAAGUUUUGUGAUCAGGGAUUGGGUUUUAUGAGAAAUAAUGAAAACUCGAUAGAAGAGGAGCCAUGUCGCUGUGUUGAAGGCUUCCAGUGUUACCCCAUCAACUGUGAGUUCUGUGAGAAGAUACCCACCUGCCGACCCGGACAGGGACUUGAGACAAAGCAUGAUCAGAGGAAGGUGUGUGAGCCGUGUCCAAAAGGAUUCUUCUCUGAUAAGGACGAUGACGAACCGUGCAAACCGUGGACAAAUUGCAAGGCUGAUGGCAGCAAGGAGAUCAAGCAAGGCAGUGCUGAAGCCGAUGCAGGGUGUGGACCACGUGACCCGGUCAUUCCUAUGUCCUUCUGGGUGAUGGUUUCAGUCCUGUCAAUCAUUAUCAUUCUGUGUCCCCUCAUUCUGCUUCUCUUCUGCUACAAGGACAAAAUGAAGUUACUCUCUGUAAAUCUGCGAUCCUGUGUCCAGAAUCUGAAGAGGACCCGGAUACAACAGGAGACACUGGCUCCUCUUUACCACAGCGGAGCAGGAGGAGGAAUAGGAGGUGGUUCUGGUGCCUCAAAAUGCACGCCAUGUGAGGUGACCAAACUUAUCGACCAAGCACCCUCCAGCCCCGCUGACAACCCCUCGUGCACCUUGCCCAUCUCUGUUCCUGAUGUAAAGGUCUCUCUGCCCUUCAUAAAAGAGAUGACAGAGGAAGGAGGGACUGAGAGGAAAACACCAAUGGAGGAUCAGAGCAAAAGAUCUGGAGAACCAGAAGAGGUAUCGGAAGAAGAAGAGGUCGUGAGCGUGUCCCGGCUUUUGACAGGUUCUUGCAUGUGUGUCAUUCCUGUCCACGAGCCCCUGGAAGUAGGGGAGAAUGAGGACUGUAGCCAGGCUGUCAGCCCUGGAACACCGGGAUCGUGUUCAUGCGGAGGGCUAGAUGGAGAGAGGGAUGGAGGUGGAAGUGGGAAAGAGGCUAAAGAUGGAAAUCUCAAGAAAGUGUCCACGAGUCAGUCAGGUGUCGCACCGCUUGUUUCUCUUUCUCCUCCUCUCCUCCACACCUCCACCGCCGUCCAGUCAACCAGUCCGCUUCCUGAACUCUACCUGCCAUUGUCCCAGAUGUCGCCGGAGUUCAAAUUUCACCUGAAAGAGAGAUCGCCAACAAAAUGGGAGGGGUUGUACAGACUGAUGAGCACAGACUCCACAUCAACAGAACACAGCACGACCUCUGCGAUGACCUCGGUCACCCCCUUGUUGCCAUCCCCAUCUGUUGGAGAGCUCUACAUGGACAAGCCCCCUGAGGCCACAGCCCCAGAGCAAGACCAGGGAGUUCCCUGUGGGGACAGCAGAGACAACAAGCUCUCAUCACAGGAGUCAGAAUUGGAGUGCUCACCGGAGAGCCUUCAGAGUCAGCUGGCUGAUCCAAAUCUUACCUCAGGUCAGGUGUCUGGGAACCACAACACCACCUUCAUCUCCAGCGGUCAAGUGAUGAACUUUAGCGGUGACGUCAUUGUUGUCUGCGUCAGCCAGACGUCUCACGGCAGCGACGAGGUGGAGCGGGAUGAUGGCUUCGGCAACCCUGUCCAGGAAGAAGCCACUGAGACUGCUCCGUUUUUUCAGACCAGCUUGAGAUCACAAGGGGACUACAUUUCCCACUGUACUUUGCAAGAUGAAACACUGCCAGUCCAGGAAGCGAUGGAGGAGCAAUCACUGGGAAAGUGAAAAGCGGACGGUGGCUUUGCUUUGUUUUAUGUCACUUCAGAGAUCAUCGCCAUAGUCUGGGUGCCUAUGUUAUCUUUUGAUUACACCAAUCAGCCACAACAUUAAAACUGCUGUCAGCUGAAAUGAAUCAUGUUGAUUAUAUUGUUACAAUGCAAUGUUCUGCUGGGAAAUCUUGGGUCCUCUUCCAUUGACUCAUACCACCCACCUAAACAUCGUUAAAGAUCAGUCACAUCCCUCCAUGGCAACGGCAUCCCCUGACAACAGAAUUCUCUCCAACGGGACAGAGUGUCCUGUCACAACAAAAAAACUGCUCGACAACUUGGCAUAACACAUGGCAGUCCAAUCAAACAUCUGCUGAGUUAGCAAGAACAAGCCUGAUCUGCAGAGGCGCACAGGACCCAAAGGACCCACUGGCCAGACACCACAGGACACCCUCAGUGGGCUCAUGUGCAUGCACAGCAGAGGGGUUUUUUUUUUUUUUGGUUUUUUAUUUUUGGCAGAAUGGUGGGUUUAGUGUUAUGGCUAAGAGGUGUACAUCAAAUAAGUUAUAGUAAUAAUGAAGAACAAAUGUGUCUUGUCAUGUCUGUUUUCCAGAUAAAAACAAGGAAAGGAUGGUGUAAAGUCAUUUUAAAGUGAUCAGUCAGAUAACUGGGAGAUCAGUCUUUUGGGAAUCUGACUCUGUGUCUCCACAGUUGUCUUACUAAUGAACCAUCUAUAACCUGGCCUAUUUCAGACAUUAGUCACUGAAUCUUGCCACGGGAAUCUAUUCCCAGAAAAAAAAAGAAGAAAAGCUGCUGGCCUUUUCAGAUGGAAACUCCCUCCAUUCCAGACAGUGAUGGGGAAUUUUGUUGUGAAAUGGAUGUGGAAGUAGAGUUCAUACUGCAGGUGCAUAAUAUUUUUAUCGUUGCAUUGAACUUACAGCUUGGUCUCGAUACAAAGAAGUUACAAAAUAUUUAAUGUCCCACACAUUUCUAUUGAUUACUUGCUUUAGGUAACAUCUGUAAGCUCUUAGUUUUUAACUUUUGUAAGUCUGGAUGAUUUUGAUACUUGCGUAACGGAAUAUCCACCGUGUGGAACAUGCGUUUUAGUUGUUGUAUCAUAGAACUUUGAAUAUGCAAGCCACAAUAAGAUCUGGCUGGACAGAAUUUUAAACAUAUCAAUGAGUGAAUUCUUCUUUCUUGCCUGCAGGAUCUGUUUAUUUUUUAAGAGACACGUCCAGUCUUGGUACGAUGCUUGUUUGUAGACUUUAUUUUCUCCCUACUGCAACACAAGUGCAGUUUUUGUCUUCGAAACAAAAUGCUAUGCAUUUGAUAAGCUAUUCUAUUAGUGAUUUCUUUUAUUCGAUUUUAAUGCCCAGGCCUUCCGAUGCUUGUUAAUAAUAAUGGUUUUGUUUAAAAAAAAAAAAAAGGAAAAAAAAGAAAGAUUUUACGAGGCA